GUCUGCACAUUGGUUCGAUUACGGACCAUCAUGCCUCGGUGACGUCACUCGCAUCCAAAAUGUCACACAUACACACGCGCACACACCGGGCGCCGCAUACGUACAAAAGAGACCACACCGCUCAGUCAGUCGUGAGCCGUCCAUACUAUACAGAACGACACAUGAGUGGACACAUUGAUAAAGAAUCGCUGUCUGUCCCAACAAAAAAGCCUCUCAAUCAGCAUCACAUGGAAAAUCAAUCUCGGAGCCAUACAAACACUCAGACUGACGUCAGGGAGAUUCACACAGAGAUGCACACACGAAUGUUUCGUCCCCUUUGCUCUGCGCUCUACUCCCCAUUUCCGCUGCUCACCUGUCACUUCGGCACGAUUCGUUGAUUCAUAAUUCGAUUCCGAAUCGCCAGCCCUCCUCCCUGGCUGCCUCGUUAACUUCUUGCAGCACAUCGCCAAGCCCCCAACACAUGCCCUCCCGGCUGCUGCUGCUGCUGCUCCUGCUGCUGGCCUGCCGAAUGCACUUGUAAGCCGCAGACAGGUAGCCGUCGACCAGCCCGUUGAUGCGGUCACUGAAGAGCCGCUCGCCGAUGGGAAUGCAGGCAGUGGGCGGGCUGCCCACGCCGAUGAGCGCCUCGAUGGUAUGAGUGACGUCAUCGAGCAGGGGCGCGGUCGCCCGUGCGGGCAGGAGGGCGGUCUUGACGGCGAUGCUGACCUGCAUCGGCAGGUCAUGCUGCAGAUAGUCACGGUAUGCCGCCCGCAGCCGCGUUUGUUUCCAUGUAUCCAGUGGUUCCACCCCCCCAAAGUUCAUCCAUAAAGGCACCAAUGGCGGCCUGAAACCGCCCCUCAGCGACGCUCCGUUGCGCAGCAGCAGCCGAAGCGCAGAGGGAUCAGUGCUGUCUGACCGGGCCGCAUAGUAGAGGGGGGUGCGAUCAGUGGAUGGCUCUGCAUCGUGGACGAUGCACCGGCCGGUCUUGCGGAUGAGGUAAUCCAUGAGGUCUAGCUGUGAAGAAAGGUCAGCAAGGGGGUGGGCACAGAAGCUGUGCAAGGCCGUGGGAUGGUGGCAGUCUCUGUGCGGAAGCUCAUACGCGGGGGCGUCGAACAAGAUGGCGGCCCUCCCGCCCAUUCGCACCAGUCUCUUAGCCAUCCUGAGCUUCUCGGCAGACGACACACUGCCGUCGAGUGGAUAAAAGGCCACACGCCACAGCAGCGGACCCGCAGCCUUGAGAUCGAGAUCGGGGUCAUCCAGCAGCAUCUGGGCGACGUCAUAUCGGCCACGGAUAAUGGCAAGCUCGACAGGGGGGCCGAACGCGCAGCCCUUGAAGUUGAUGUCAGCGCCUCUCUCGAGAAGCAGCCGGAUGAUGUCCAGACUGUCAGCCGUCCUGUGGUGCUCGACGGCCGUUUGAAUAAGGCUCUCUGACUCCAGCUGCACGAGGCUGUAGUCCUCCUCAAAUAUCCGAUAGGUCGCGAUGAACUUGGCGUCGGCUCCUCCUUCCAGCAGCUGAGUGGCCCUCUCCAGAGUGAGUGUGCCAUUCCUGAGACCCUUGGCGAGCUUUCGAGUGGCGGCAUCUUCCGGGAUUGGAGUGCUUGGAGUGGGAGCAAUAUCCAGGAAAUCCAACGAAAGCGCCGGCUUGCGGGAGAAAAAACAGGACAACAAGCCUGAGAAUGAACAGAGACAAACACCGUGUGACCCGCAGGGAAUGUGCAGCUGUGUCGUGUGCUGUGUGUAGUGUGGCCAACGCACCUCCCAUGUUGUGUGCUGAAUGUGGAUGAGACAAUGCAGCCAGGCAGCACGGAAAGCAAGAUGCGCUGUUCACAGCGACGCAGCCUCCGACAACCACACCUCAGGCACGAGCUGCAAUGAAUGUAAUCACAGACAUCAACAGGCGGGAAGCGUGUGACGAAAUGCCAUUCCAUUCACCACACCUGCGUUGUUUUCUGCCCCUCGGCGCGUUGCUCUGAAGCCCGGUCGGUCGGUCAUGCGUUUGACGCCUUUUCC